CGAUGUACAUAUUUCAACCAUCAUGGCAGGCAGCUGGCCAACCACACCAAUGAGUCGUUCACACAGAGUCGGUCACACACACACAUCCACGAUCUAUGUCCACAUAAACCUACCUACGUGGCAAAUUGGCUGGCUGGCUGACCAGCGGCUGUCCGUCUGUCUGGUCGCCUCCUACACGGACGGCACGACACAGCACGCAGCUGACUGCAUCCAUCCAUCCAUCCACUCAGUCAGUCAGUAUGUGUGUGGCUCGGAAAACCGGCAGAGUAGUUGCCGUUUCCUUCCUGACUAGUCAGUCAUGCGUUUGGCUCGAGUGCCUGUGCCUGCUUGGAUGCCUUGGCCGCCGCCCCUCUCAGCGCCACAAAGGACUCGCCCGACUCACCCUCCAUGUUUGCAAUAUCCUUGCCUGAAUGAUUACCAGACAUACAUGAGAGACACAGACAGAGUGUCUUGUAUGCAUCGGCUGGUUGGGAGGCAUUGUCUCAUCUAUGGGUGCUUACAUACCCCUGAGUAUGCCUAAUGCCUCCUGGAGUGACUCGAUCUCUUGUUUCCUGCGGGCCUGUCGCUCCUCGAAUGACAUGGGCUGGUACUCACACGUGGCCUUGAGCUUCUCGAUGUAAUCCAAUAUCGCAUCCAACUCCUUCUGCACGUCAGCCUGUACCCACAUUAAACCACAUCACACCACACCAAACUCUGCCUAACAUUGUUCAUCCUCUGGCUGCCAGACCUUGUCGCUCUUUGAGUCGGCGAUGCUGUUUUCGAGGGAUUUCUUCUCGGACUCCUUGCCCUUGACCUCGGCUGUCUUGGUUGCCUUGAGCACCUUGUUGUCGGCCAUCAUCUGCUCGUACUCCUUCUGCGCCGCAUCCUCACCCGCACGAGCAUCAGCCUCCAUACGCGCAAAGUCGGACUCGGCCACCUGCACACACACCAAGGGGGGGAUAGGGAUGGUCGUGAGGAUGCGUUGGUCGGUCUACGUGUCUGUCAACAUAAGUACCUUUAGUAUUCCGAUGACGCCAUCAGCGCCGGACACCUCACGUGCGCCCGAGAAAAUGUCGCCGCCGUACUCGGGAGCUUGCUGAAGGAAGGUGAUCGAGUGAGUGACACGCGGCAGUCAGCAGAAGGAAAAUGUGGUUUGGUGUCUGCCACCUGGCUGGCUGACCUUUGUCUUUGAUGAGACUUGUAUGAGUGCCUCUGGCUUGGAGCCAGCACCAGCGUAGUAGCUAUUCAGAACCUGAGGGACGACCGACAGACAGACACAGACAGCAUUGCAUUCACAUGAGAGAGGAGAGCCCAAGACACGGAAUGUGCGUGUUAGUAUAUGUGUGGACCUGUAUUGCGGCGGCGAUGGCCUCCUGUCCGUCUGCAUAGUCCUUGACAGCCACCUCGUACUCAGCGUGCUCAUUCUGCCGGAUCUCUGUCGCCUUGGUUUGACACCAUUGACACACACACACACGCCGGCACAUGAGUUUACACGCGAGCCACCCAUCCAUCCAGGCGUACCACGGCCUGGUCGAUUUCGGCCAGUUGUUUGUUGAGCUCAGCGAUGUCCUGUGUGAGCUCUGAGACGUGAGCCUCAGCCUCCUCGAUGCGUGCGGUGAGGUCGUCGACUUUGCCCGACUUGGUCUCCUGCGCCUUCUGGCUCUUCUUGCUCUCCUCAUCACACCAACCCUUGUGGUCGGCCUCCUCAGCCUGGCACCACAGACAAAUACAACACACACGCACGCACGCACACCAUGUCUACAUAUGUCUCCUUCCUCUCGUCUUUUGCCCGAUGACGCACCUGUUCGUUCAUGAGUCUGACGAUCAUCUGGUUGAUCAUGUCCUUCACCUUGGCGAAGGCGUCGUUGCCCGUCGCCGUGCGAACAGCCAGCUGGGCCAGGCCCACCGAGUUGAGCUUCUGGGCGGCGCUCCGGAGCACCUGCGCCGCCCGCUCUCUGAGGACAUUGCUGCGGCUGUCAGUGUGGGACUUGAUCUGCACCAACGCGGGAGCUUCGCCGGCAAGGCGACGCUGAGCCACUCCCUGACACACAGACAGACAAACGGAGAGAGACAUGGGAUGGCGUGCAUGAAUCGUGAGUGUUGUGUGGUACUUGGAAGUUGUCUUCGGAGAGGAUGGUUUGCGCCUCCUGCAGUGCCUUGAUCUCCUCGGCCCGCGACCUCUCCCUCUCCUCCAUCUCGGCGGCCUUUUGGCUGCAGGCGGCCUUAAGGUCUGUGAGGUACUUUUUGUCCGUCUUGACCGUCUUGGUCGUCUGAGACAAAUCCUGCUCGUUCUGCAUCCGUGCGUGCACACACCCAUGGAGACAAACACACACGCACACACAGGGAGAGAGAGAGAGAUGCUCGUGCGAGUGUGUUGCAAUGCGGUGUGUGUGUCUGUCUGACCUGUCCGAUGGCCUCUUCCUUUGAUGCCUUGGUGUUGGUGGCUUCUGCCAGUGCCUUCUGCUGUGCUGCGAUUUCGUCACCGAGGGACUGGGCCAGGAGCUCAAACGCAUGCUGAGACUUCAUCUCCUCCCUACACGCAUACACACCGCACACAGAGAUGACCAAGAGAUCCCUUGACCGGCGGGUGGUGUCACCCUUGCUUACUUUCUGGCGCAUUUUGUGCCUGUAUGGCCUUUUCCUUGAGGUUGGCGAGGACCUGCAUGACGCCCCCGCUGUGAGACUCGUAGGCCUUGGCCUCGGGAUUGUCGAAGCUCAACCCCACGUCAUCGGGAUCCUGCAAACACACACACACACCCCAACACACACCGACACAGACAGACACACACUGGUGUAUGUGCGUGCAUGGGGCCUGUCUGUCUGUUUGUGUGCGGGAUAGCGCUACCUCUGUGGCCUGUAUGAAUGACCGAAGUUUGCUGCGGUCGUUGGAGUUGAUGAGGGACGCAUCCACGAUGGUCUGCAGGGAGGUCGCCACCGUCAUCAGGUCGCUCUUGAGGCCAGCGUUGGCCACGUCCGCCCGACCUCCAACGAUCUGGAUGAACCCCGACUUCUUCAGAAUGUUCAGGGCCCUGAGAAGGAAACCACACACAGACAUCCACACCAGGAGGAUCCAGCCAUGGUAGCCUUUGUUUCUCCCUCCCCUGUCUGUGUAUUCCUUACCGGACGAUGGCGUCCAGGGUCUCGCUGAGUUCCUUGUCGCUGGCAACGAACGCCUCGCGCUCACUGUCGCGAAUCUCCGUGGCCUUCUUCAAAUCUGCAAAAUAGAUACGGCAAACACUAAAGCCGCCCUUCUUAUCCCAUUGUCCUCUCCCCACCUCCUCACCUUGUUCAUUGGUGCUGAUGCCGGCGUUGAGCUCCUCAAUUUGGGUGCCCAACUCGGCCACCUCGGCCUUCAAACUCUCAAGCGUCGCGCUCACGUCCUGCACACGCCACAACACACAACACAGCGGCGCAUCUGUAGAUCUCUUUGUAGCUAUGUGACGGCAGCGAGGCUGGCCGACCCACCUGUAUGUGCUGUUCGCCGAAAGCGACUGCAUCUCCCUUCUUGUCGUCUUCAGAUCUGCACCACUCCUGGUAGGCGGCGAACUGCUCCUGCUCGGUCUUGCCCUCAUCGACCACCUUCUUCUCCAUGUCAGCCAGCAACGACAGCACCUGCACACCCACACGCACACACAAACACGAUAGAUCUGACGAGACCUCGUCUGCCGUGCUGUCGGCCAUGCACCUUUUGAAUCGGGCCGACGUUAUCCUGCGAUGACAAGGCUGAAACGGCCAUGAG